AUGGAUUCGCCUACUCCUCUUCAGCCUCCAGCAAAUUUCAAUACCGGGAUAAUCAAUUCCCAAUCAUUUUCAUUUCACCUUGCUCUAGUUUCUGCUCUGAACGCUCUCCAUGCCAGCACAAGACGCGGGCAAUCGGGUCGCUACAAGCCCGUCGCCAUUUUUCAAACGAGCGUGCAAUGCCUGCAGAGCAAGAAAGGUGGGCGUCUCCUCGUGAAGCGAGGAGUCAUCAUUAACCAUAUAACUACUCAGGUACGCUGCGACAAAGCAUCACCAUGUUCGUCAUGUAAAGCGUCGAACAUCCCAUGUAAAACCAGUAAUCCCGAGCCCAAAGCUCCCCGAAAACGACUCCAUGUAACUGAAGAAUAUGAGAGAAAAAUCGAUUUCAUCCAGGAGAGGCUAGCAGACCUCGAUCAUGUCUUCCACUCUGGCGAGAACACCAGAUACCCUGCACCAUCUUCAUCUUCUUCUUUGACACAAGUACCCAAGACGUCUCCGCGUGCCGUAUCCCGAGCCGCGUAUGCAUCCCCUUUGUCAGCUGAUGACCUCACCAAAGAAGAGAGACAGGCCUAUGAAGGCGAAACAUCGAUGCGUGCUCACUCUGCAUAUGCUCGUGACCUGCUCGAGAAAGCAGUUCAAGAAGAUCCCUUUGCUGCAAGUAGCCCAGCCAUGUCUUCAGCCUUGGCACAUCUGCGACAACUCUCAAGCCGUCAUGAGCCCACACCGGGUACAGUUCCACCUGCGAGACUAGGGGGCGACUCUCGAUUUGACUAUCGGCGACUAAAAUUGCCACCGACGGAUGUGGUGUUGAAUCUACUACGGCAAGCCAAAAUAUCCCCGACUCUUACUUUCUUGGAUCCCUUCGCCGUCUUGGAUAUCGACCAGCUUACAGAACUGUGUAAGGAUGUCUUUUUCUGCCUCGAUAACUAUCCCACGUCAACAGCAAUACUGGUUUUCGGUCAUCUCUACUGGCUCGGAUGCGACUCUUCUGGGGGGAGGCUGGGCUACGAUAUUGAGCGGGGGCCACAGAGUUCUCUGUGCAAAGACAACUUGGAGAUCGCGCUGUCCAACCUCGAGGUACUGUCUCCCGGAAACGAGAAUCUCAUAUCGGCUCUUCUCUUCGGAGCAUGUUACGCCAUCGAGACCUGUAGACCGACCAUGAGUUGGAAGUUGACAGCGGCCGCAGCUAGUGCUGCGCUCUCAAUGGGCUGGCAUAGAAUGUCCGAAGAUGACACUGACCAGCAGAGGCGACGCAAAGCACAGAUCUUCUGGUACAUCUAUGUCAUGGACAGGUCGAUCUCGCUACGGUUUGGGAGAGCAGCGAUUCUGCAGGAUUAUGACAUUGAUGUCGACCUGCCAGACUAUGGCAGCUCGCCUGUGGCUCAAUACAGUACCAAAGUUGUAUGCUUAUGGAUUCGUACUGCCCGUGUUCAAGGCCGGGUAUACGAGCAAUUGUACAGUCCUGCUGCGCUCAAACAAAGCAGAGAGGUACAAAAGAACCAUGCGAAGUUACUCCUGCAUGAGAUUGAGACAGUACGGGAGGAAAUCCCUCAACUGUAUCAGCACCACGAGAGUCUGAACCUGCCCGACACAAUUGCAGGCAUACGUGCGGUGAAGCUUCUUUGUAUCUCUGACGAGGUAGUAGUCAAUGUGGUGUGCUGCAUGAUUGCUCGAAGCUCCAGUGAUGCUGGUCUGAGUCCGGAUUGCUUAGGCUAUGCCAGAGCUGCACUCGCACUCCACCAGAAGGCUGCUGACAGUUAUGUUGACAUUGGAGAAGACUCCUGGUCCCUUUACAUCCACUGGACCAUCCUUCAAGCCCCCUUCGUGCCCUUCAUCGUCCUAUUCGGGAAUGUUCUCAGCACCCAAGAUGCAGGUGACCUCCAGCGCAUGGAGAAGUUUGUUCAAACACUUGCGAUGGGCCAGACUACGGAAGGAUCACGAAAGAUGCAUGCACUGUGCUCAACCUUACACCAAGUCGCCAAUCUAUAUGUCGAGGGUCACUCCCAGUCCAACACGCCAUCAUCGGCCCCAGACCAGGCCGUAAACAUUAGUUCUCAAGCGUGGAGCGCACUAAAUCCAUACUUGAACACCAUGGGGUUCGCAGGAGGCCCAAGUGUAGACAGCAACGUCGUGAUGAACAACAGUAUUGGCGACUGGUGGAAUGGAAACCAGUAUAUGAUGGGGCUGCUCGAGGAUGACACGCUGGGCUAUCUCAACUGA